AUGCAAUCGACAACUAGUAUGGAGUAUAGUUGUUCUACAUGCUGCAUAUGGUGUAUCAUUCAGAAGGCAUGGUGCAGCUUAGAACGUAGCGGUAGUAACGAUUCGACCAGUGCCAACGAUUUGAUAUCAUCGAGCGGCGCCUCAUGCGGAUCAACUGCCGCCACCACGAGCUCCAGUACAUCAUCGUCUCCUUUCUUUGACUGGGUGUCUAUCCCUUCUAUUCGCAUGGGAGCAUAUGCUCUAGACCAUGAACAUUCGGAGCGCAUGGUAGCUCAACUGAUCCAGACCGAGCUGACUAAAGUGAAAGAGGUCAUUGAUGCCUUUGCGCGGACCUACUGUGGUCGCAAUGAUGGGCCAUCUAAGUAUGGUUCAAACGCUCUCACUAACGAGGAUAGCGAGGACAAGCUACAUCUGGCACUGGAAGCAUUCCUACGUAGCCGUCUGCGAGCAGCCAUUCGGGCUGCAAGGGAGCAUCUGAGUUGA